UCUCUCCUUAGUUAUAGUUUCUCAAAACAUUCCUCACAAAAAAAAAGUCACAAAUUUCAAUCACGGUAAAAAAAUAAUGGUUGUUUGGUAACUCAGUAAGUUUCAGAUGCAAAAAGCUGAGGCCGGAGGACCAUUAUCCCGGCCAAUAACCAAGCCGUAUAUCAUCAACACGCCGAUGUCGAUGACGGAAUCGCCACUUCCGGACCCACAAUUCCCUCAAGACCCAACACCACCGGUUACACUUGUUCUAACCAUACUUCUAUUAGUUAUGUUUUUUGUAGGUUUCUUUUCCAUAUAUUUUUGUAGAUGUUUUUUAGAAAAUAUAGUCAAUUCUUUAAAUAAUAGGCAAACUCCUAAUGGAACUCCUAUUAAUCCAAAUACUACUACUACAACCCUAACUCCUCCUGGCCUAGAUUUAACCAUUGUAAACUCAUUUCCUACUUUUACAUAUUCAAGUGUAAAAGAUUAUAGACGUGAGAAAUAUGGCCUUGAAUGUGCUAUAUGUUUGUGUGAGUUUGAUGAUGAUGAUAUCCUUAGACUAUUGACAAGUUGUUGUCAUGUCUUUCACAGAGAGUGUAUAGAUCUAUGGUUCGAGUUACAUAAAUCGUGUCCGGUUUGUCGGAGAAACCUGGAUACCUUGGAAAUGGAGAAAUCACCGGAGAAACUUCCCUACAACAGAAGUAUUAGAAGAAAUGGUAGUAUUGGAAACAAUAAUGUAGAUCAUGAUAUUAUCGAGGAAAAUACAUCCUCUUUGGAUACUAAUAAUAAUAAUCAUAACCAUAAUAAUCAUAAUGAUGCUAUUAGCAUCGUGAUUAAGGAGGAUUAUGACGCGAAUGAUAAUAAGAAGAACAGUGAAGAUUGUGCAUUGAAAUGCGUGAAGUUUGCAAGAUCACAUACAACGGGACAUUCGAUAUUUAGGGAUAGGGCUCCUAGAGAAGAGGCCGAUAAAUACACGUUGAGAAUACCGGAUCAUGUCAAAGAACUCAUCAAAAGAAGGCAUCGUCAUAAAGUUACAUUAAGUUGUACAACAUUUGAGGAGGUUUCAUGCAAAACAUCAAGAACAAGGCAUGAAGGUUUUGGAGAGAUUUCUGCUUUUGAAAAUAAAGGAGAUGGUCCCUUAUUAGAUUAGGAUUUUUAUUAUUAUUGUAGGUUUAGAUUAUAUAUUUAAAUCAAAUUUUGUAGGAGAUUGAUAAUAUUAAUGCAUGUUUUGCUACAUAUAAUAUCAUUAUGUAACAGAGAAAUACAGAGUACAACAAUUUUUAUUAAUCAAGAUAUAUCUAUUCUUA